UGCCAGCUACGAAACGCGCCGUUUCGAAACCCCACUAACGGCCAUUAACUCCGUUGCUGUUUCCCUUCACUUUUGCUGACGUCACCUUCCACCCGUACCUGAAAAACAAACGCCAACCCAUCUCCUCCUAUUUAUAGGCAUUUUUUGAUUUUUUUUCACUUAUACUCGCCUCUACGCCUCUAUAAUGCGCUAUGGUGUGCAUUACGCACCCUCAGCUCUUCUUCGUCCUUUACCUCCAAUACUCCUCUCUCCUUCUCCGUCACCAACCGCCGUGAACCUUCCUUAUACUCCGCCUCCCCAAUCUAUCGCCAGCCAAAACAUGCUGCUGUCAGUUUUUUUGGCGCUUUUUCUGCCGUGUGUAGGCAUGAGCGCCGUUUUCUUAAUCUAUAUUUGUCUUCUUUGGUACGCUGCUAGUCAUAAUGCAGAGCCGGUUACUCCGGUGAAACCUGGAGAGAAGAAAGGAUUAUCACCGUCUGAUCUUGAUAAACUACCGAAAAUGACCGGAAAAGAGCUGGUUUUAGGAAAUGAAUGUGCGGUUUGUUUGGAUGAGAUCGAAAACGAGCAACCGGCGAGACUCGUUCCUGGCUGUAACCAUGGGUUUCAUUUGGAAUGUGCUGACACGUGGCUCUCGAAACAUAAUGUUUGCCCUGUUUGCAGGUCUAAACUCGAUGCACAGUUUUUCAAUGCCUCCAAAGAAAAUCCUUGCUAGCUAAUUCGAAUGAGUCGUAUGCUCUGUUCUGUCGUUUUGUGUAUAUGAGCCGGUACCGGAAUUAUUAGGAUUUUGUACUGCUAGAAAGAUAGGGAAAAAAAGAGAAAUUACUCUUCUCUGUUGCUUUAAUUUUAGUCAUUUAAAUUUCUUGUUCAUAAUCACUUUAGCUUAAUGUUUUCUUCUCGUCGGUCGGUCGAUCGAUCGUUGAUUAUUGUAAUCGUAAUCAUACGGCGGCGUUUAACGAACGAUGAACAGAACAGAAUGUCCAACGACCAUCAAAAACAAAAUUUAGUUGGGCAUUACGGAAGGCGUGUUGUUAAAUUUUUCUGUUGCCAACUUGGCAGCGUGGCGUUUCAAAGAAGUCUGUUACUACUUUUUUUUU